ACCUCCUAGAGAGGGAUCUUGAAACGUCGCUACGUUAGACCCAACGCCACGUCGCGCCGUGGCGGACGCUCUGAUAUCGGCAUGCCUUGAUAGAAUUAGCGCAAUGGAAUGCAGUCCCGUCAGAAAACAAACUCAGCAGCAGCCUCCGGAAGAUGAAUGCUGGCAGGAGAUGGGAACUUUCAUCAGGUUUCGAUCUCGCGAAGAGAUCCCUCCACAAUUGGCGCGCGUGAGAGAUUGGCUGAAAUCUUGGUCGAUCUAAUUGGUUAUACAAGCAACAAAUGCUCCUUGUUUUCCUAGAAUAGACCGAGGGAGCAUAUUUCUGCCAGCGAAGAUCACUGAAAGCGCAGACGGGAGCCCGCUGCUGGCCUCAGAGACGACGCAGGGGGUUGCCGAGAAGUUCUCGACCCUAACGCUGGGAGCUGCCAAUCCGUCAGGAGGCGUGUAUGCACCAACUGUGACGCCUCUCAAACUGUCGUUCAUCAAGCUAGAGAGGGGACGUCGGGAAGAAAAAUGCCUCUGCGGUCAAGUAUGAAGAUUGUUCAUUGGAUUUUCGGCGUGCUGCUGGGCCUGAUCCAAGCACCUUGUCUGCCCCACGAAAACACAGCAAGGAGCCUCCAACUCACCCCGAUUCAUCACUCUCGCGUGGAUGCCCGAGUGCUGGCCGACAGAAGUACAAGGAUAGUGUACGAGAGGUACGUUCACGUGACCAGCGCAAACGUGAGUCUCGUGAAGUCUCCGCUGGAACUUGACGAGACUUUGCCCGUUCGGCAUCGCUACGCACGAUCCUUCGGCGACCAGACUCAGGCAGACGGCGUGCGGGGCAAGGGCAGGCUGCAGAAUUUACACGUCGUCAGCUGUCAGAUGGACGUGGCCUGUGACCCCGAUGACCCCGGAGGUCACUGCACAUGCCCAAAGGACCUGGAGACCUUCGGAGAAGCCAAGUGCAUCAUACCCAAGGCUAGAAUCAGCCACAUAUCAAUGUCAAACUCGGGACCCGUGAAAAUCUUCUGCGUAGGGGUGACCUUGAACUCGGAGGAGUCGGACAUUAUCUACGACAUGCAGACGAGAUGUAAAUACUUGGGCGGAAACAAUGUAAAAUACCGAGUUUACGUCACCAAAACUGUGGAGACCAGCGACUCCAAUGAAGACAAAGUUAAAUAUCGAGCUUGUCUAGAACCCGUAGAAGACCGUUGAUGUUGUUGCUGUGCGCAAGAGCGCUUCCAUGUUCAUACCAACAUUGCACUCAACCAAAUGCAUUUAAGCACUUUAGGGAUAGAGUAAAGGAUCGAAACAUGUCUGGAGCAAAGCAGAAGAAAAGACUGUUGCCGCCUUUGGAAAGCGUUUGUGUGCGCUCAGACAGAUCCCGCCACACACGAGAAUGCACUCUCUUAAUAGGCUGAAGACAACACAUGUAAGGUGCAUCUAUCGUUCGUAAGCAAGUUUUCCCCAAGUUUUCAGUGACAGACUGAAGACGUCGGCAGCCCUGGAGUGUUGUUUUAAUGGCCAAAACGGUGCCAAUAUUUGCUGUUUGGCGCAAUAGUUGAGUUGUUUUAAAGAAUCGAAAACACAAAAUUUUUCUUGUCACCACACUGCAAUUUCUAGACUUCCUGAUUAUAUUGUCUACUCAAAUUUUGAAAACAUUUCCAUGCAGAACAACAUUUUAUAGACAUCAUUAUGAGCACAUUCAUCGUCAUCCUUCAAGAUGGUAAAGACAUUGGGCAAAUAGCCAAUCGUCGUGAAUGAAGAUAACUGAAUUGGUGGAUAUGACUUUGAUC